AUGUCUUCAGACGCCAUAAGAAACACUGAGCAGAUAAAUGCUGCUAUCAAGAUUAUAGAAAAUAAAGCAGAACACCCGGAAUCGUUCGCGACUCCCGUAGAUUCCAAGCUCGCUUCUGCUGCUGCUGCUGCUUCUGCUGCUGCUGCCACCGCUGCUUCUUCUUCCACGCAGCCCACGAGAGACCUCACACAGUAUACCCUCGAUGACGGAAGGACCGUGGCGACGAACCAUAGAAUCAUGAGCAAGGUGCCCGCCAUCACGUCCCAUAUCCCGACGGAUGAAGAGCUGUUCCAGCCCAACGGGUUGCCUCGUCACGAAUUCUUAAGAGACCAUUUCAAGCGCGAAGGAAAACUGUCUUCGGCGCAGGCGGCCAAGAUCAUCACCCUCGCUACCGAACUCUUGAGCAAAGAACCAAACCUUAUAUCCGUCCCGGCUCCGAUCACUGUCUGCGGUGACAUCCAUGGCCAGUACUUCGAUCUUCUGAAGCUUUUCGAGGUGGGCGGCGACCCGGCCACCACCUCGUAUCUGUUCUUGGGUGAUUACGUCGAUAGAGGCUCGUUUUCGUUCGAGUGUCUUAUUUAUUUAUAUUCUUUGAAGCUGAAUUUUAACGACCAUUUCUGGCUGCUGAGAGGUAACCACGAGUGUAAGCAUUUGACCUCGUACUUCACUUUCAAGAACGAAAUGCUACACAAGUACGAUCUGGAUAUCUAUGAGAAAUGUUGCGAGUCGUUUAACAACCUGCCCCUCGCUGCGCUGAUGAACGGGCAGUAUCUCUGUGUUCACGGCGGUAUCUCCCCUGAGCUAAACUCUUUGCAAGACAUCAACAACCUGAACAGGUUCAAAGAGAUUCCCUCGCACGGGCUGAUGUGCGAUCUUCUGUGGGCAGAUCCCAUCGAAGAGUACGACGAAGUCACGGAUAAAGACUUGACCGAGGAGGACAUUGUCAACUCUAAGACGAUGGUCCCUCACAACGGUAAAAUGGCCCCAUCGCGCGACAUGUUUGUCCCGAACUCCGUAAGAGGCUGUUCGUAUGCCUUCACUUAUCGUGCUGCAUGCCAUUUCCUGCAAGAAACUGGCCUACUCUCAAUCAUCAGGGCACACGAAGCCCAAGACGCCGGUUAUAGAAUGUACAAAAACACCAAGACUUUGGGCUUUCCCUCUCUUUUGACUCUUUUCAGUGCUCCGAACUAUUUAGACACCUACAACAAUAAAGCCGCUAUACUGAAAUAUGAAAACAACGUUAUGAACAUCAGGCAAUUCAACAUGACCCCACACCCUUAUUGGUUACCAGAUUUCAUGGACGUGUUCACGUGGUCCUUGCCCUUUGUGGGUGAAAAAGUCACCGAGAUGCUGGUAGCAAUCUUGAACAUCUGUACUGAAGACGAACUAGAAGUAGAGACCCCCCUAAUUGAAGAACUGGUUGGCACUGAUAAGAAAUUGCCCCAGGUAAGCCAGCCAAAGGAGGCCCCGAAGGCCGCCACGUCGACUCCGCGCAAAUAUACCUCCAUCCUGGAUGAUGAACAUCGAAGGAAAACCUUAAGAAAUAAGAUCUUGGCGGUUGCCAAAGUCUCUAGGAUGUAUUCUGUCCUAAGAGAGGAAAACAACAAAGUCCAAUUUUUGAAAGAUCACAAUUCCGGGGUAUUGCCACGCGGCGCCCUGUCUAAUGGUAUAGAAGGUCUGGACGAAGCUCUAUCCACUUUUGAAAGAGCAAGAAAGAAAGACUUAAUUAAUGAAAAAUUACCGCCUUCAUUAGAUGAAGUGAAAAAUGAAAAAAAAAAAUAUUAUGAAAAAGUUUGGGAAAAAGUACAAGAACAUGACGCAAGUAAAGAAGGUAAAUAA